UGCGAAACUUAGUGAAUCAGCAUAAUACUCAAUAGCGGUUUAAAUGAGAUUGAAAAACGACGAAUUGAAACGACCUGCUUCUGGAAAAACGAAGUUUGAAAGUCCAAAUGACAAUGACUACGAACGAGUAAAAGGGGGUUCAAAAGUUGCUGAGUAUACAGCACUCAAUGAUCGCAAAAUAUGGGAUAAGGAAAAUACGCUCGAGAGAUUGUUUGUUCCUCGAUUAAAUGCUUUAAAACACGGAGAAAAUGAAAAUUUGAAACCGCAUUCAAGUCAAUUCUCCAUUUGGGAUCAAACUGACCUAAUAGAGUCCGGUGGCUCGGACCAAAGAUCGCUAAGUCUUCGAUUGCUUGAACCAAGUCAGGUACAGCUUCUUCGUAAUCGAAAAGUACUGCGGAACCAGGCUGCGUGUCAAUUGUUUUUCCUGAAUUAUUACUCAAGGCUGUUUGAGUACUUAGGUCGCAGAAGCGAAAGAUUUCGACAAUUCAAUUCGAAAGCUCUCUGCUUAUCCAAGUUUACACACAAAAAGUUAUGGAAGGAGUAUUGUGGUCGUGAAAGAGCUUUUCUUCGGAAGGCAAGAAUUCGACUUCAGGCCUCACAGUUUGAUCCAAUUAUAAAACUCGGACAGGGGGGUUUCGGCUCUGUUUGGUUAUCUAGAAAAAGAGAUUCAGGCGAAUUGGUUGCCUUGAAGAUAUUCAAGAAAAACGUUCUCAAAAUUCGCAAUGAAACGAACCAUGUAAUGACUGAACGGGAUAUACUAUCUAACACUGAUUCGCCGUGGCUCAUAAAGCUGUAUUACGCAUUCCAGGAUCCUGAAUAUGUUUACUUGGCCAUGGAGUAUGUUCCUGGAGGUGACUUUCGCAUGUUUCUUCUAAAUCAUGGAAUUUUAAGUGAAGAUCAAGCACGUUUUUAUCUUGCUGAAAUGUUUACCAGCAUCGAUGAAAUACAUAAACUCGGUUUUAUUCAUCGGGAUAUCAAGCCAGAGAAUUUUUUAAUCGAUAUAAAGGGACACAUUAAGUUAGCUGACUUUGGUAUGUGUCUUGGUAAAAUAAACGAAGAGCUUAUAAACUCACUAAGGGUUCAAUUACAAAAUAAUUUUGUUCCAGAAAUCCAGGAGGAAUUAACUCACCAGCAAAGGAUUAACAUCUACAGAGAAUAUCUAAUUGAUGGGAAAAAACGAAUUCAUUCCUGUGUCGGAUCAGCGGAAUACAUGGCUCCAGAAGUGCUUUAUGGAGAACCAUAUGACCACAGAGUUGAUUACUGGUCCAUCGGUUGUUUAAUGUUCGAAUGCUUACUAGGCUACCCUCCUUUUUACGGUGGUACUGCGAAUGAAACAUGGAAUAAUUUGUACCACUGGAAACAUAUUCUACAUGGUAUUAAGAGUCAGAAGGAACUCGGUUGUCUCGAAAUAAAUAUUUCUGACGAAGCUUGGUCUUUAAUAUUUCAGUGUAUUACCGAUUCUCAGUUUCGAUUGCAGCGGUUUUCUGAUGUUCAAGAACAUCCAUUUUUCAGUGGCAUACAAUGGGAACGAAUUAGAGAACAAUAUCAGCCACCUUUUAUUCCAGUUCUCACUAAUCUACUUGACACGCGUUACUUUGAUGAUUAUUCCAAUGAGGACGAACCACUGUUCUCAAACAAAAAUCAAAAGUCUAAUCCGAAGAGUGCAAUUAAUGGGACAAAACAUCGGGGACCAUCGAUGGAGAAUGCCCAUAGGGGCACAUUUUUAGGGUUCACGUAUAAAUAUAAACCUGCAAUGAUUCACGAAUUUGAAGAUUUAGCUUAGUAAACUGUUAAUAAUAAUAAUAAUAAAACAAAACUUUUGUUAAAAUGUAUGCGC